AACCAGCAUGAGGUGGACGGUUGUGGCUCUGCUGUGCUGUGCGUUGCCGGCUCAAGGAUUGAUAAGAAUCCCCCUGCGACGUUUCUCGUCCCUCCGCACUGAGCUGCGCUCCGCCCAGAGGCUGGAGGCCUUCCUGCGGGACCAUCAGCCCGAUGUCUUCGCCCGCAGAUACGCACAGUGCCUCCCCUCAAGUGCUGCCACCCGCAUGGGCGCCAGUGCUGAGAAGCUCUUCAACUACAUGGAUGCCCAGUAUUAUGGUGAGAUAAGCCUGGGCACUCCGGAGCAGAACUUCACUGUGGUGUUUGAUACUGGCUCUGCGGACCUGUGGAUCCCCUCAUCCUACUGCGUCAGUGAAGCCUGCAUCAUGCAUCACAGAUUUAAAGCCUUUGACUCCAGUUCCUACAUUCAUGAUGGCAGGAUCUUCUCUAUUCACUAUGGGUCUGGGCACUUGCUGGGAGUGAUGGCCAAGGAUGUCCUGAAGGUUGGCACUAUAUCGGUGAAGGAUCAGGAGUUUGGGGAGUCAGUGUACGAGCCAGGCUUUGUCUUCGUCUUAGCGCACUUCGACGGCAUCCUGGGCUUGGCGUACCCCUCUUUGGCUGAGGUGGUGGGUGCCCCUGUUUUCGACAACCUGAUGGCCCAGAAGCUGAUUGACCAGCCUGUGUUCUCCUUCUACCUGAGCAGGAAGAAGAACUUGGCUGACCCUGAAGGCGAGCUGUUGUUAGGGGGUGUUGAUGAGGCCCUAUAUAGUGGCCCUAUCAACUGGGUUCCAGUCACCCAGAAGGGUUACUGGCAGAUCACAAUGGACAAUAUUAAGGUCCAGGGGACCGUGGCCUUCUGCCCCCACGGCUGCCAGGCCAUAGUUGACACAGGCACCUCUGUCAUCAGCGGGCCCUCCAGCGACAUCCUGGUCCUGCAGCAGCUCGUCGGAGCCACGCCCACCUCCAUUGGAGAGUACCUGAUUGACUGUGCCAGGCUCUCCAGCCUGCCCCAGGUGGCCUUCACGCUCAACAAUGUGGAGUACGUGCUGUCCCCGGAGUUCUACGUGAGGAAGGAGAUGAUGGGUGGUCGUGAGAUCUGCUUCAGUGGCUUCCAGGCUGUGGACGUCCCCCCUCCUGCCGGGCCCUUCUGGAUCCUGGGGGACGUCUUCAUCUCGGAGUUCUACACCAUCUUCGACCGCGGGCAGGACCGGGUUGGCUUUGCCCAAGCCCGGCAGGACCGUAAAGAUAUCCUAUAA